AUGUUGAAAGACCCAAAAGACCCAAUGACCCCAGGUUCCAUCACUGAUGAUGUGUCUAAACGAACCGAUGUGAACUCUGUGACGAACUGGAACGCUCCUCUGGUUUGGGAUGGAACUUUUGAUCCUGUGGUCACCGAUGCAAUCUAUAAGAAAAUGGACCCGAGAGUUGCUGUGGUUGUGUUUGCUGUUGGAAAAUACACUCGUUUCCUGAAGGGCUUCCUGGAAUCAGGCAAAAAGUACUUUCUUGUAGGCUUCAGGGUUACUUACUACAUCUUCACCGACAACGAACAAGAAGUUCCCAAAGUUGAACUGGGUAGCGGUCAGAAGAUCUCAAUUAUCACAAUCCCCAGUGCCAAGCGCUGGCAAGAAGUAGUACUUGGCAGGAUGAAAUGGGCAACCAUCACCAUUGACAAACAGAUCCGUAAUGAAGCAGAUUAUCUUUUUAUGAUGGACAUUGACAGUGUUUUCUACAAUCCUGUCGGAGGCGAGUCUCUCAGUCAGCUGUCUGCUGUGCUUCACAGGGGCUACUACAAGAAUACCAACAGGGAUGCUUUUCCAUAUGAGCGUCGGCCCUUGUCAGAAGCCUACAUACCUGCUGGAGAGGGAGACUACUAUUACACUGCUGCUGUGUGGGGUGGAUACCUGGAGGAGAUGUACAAGCUUGUCAAAUACUGUUACAUGAAGUCAGAGGAGGACAAAAAGAACGGGAUUGAAGCUGUGUGGCAGGAAGAGAGUCACCUCAACAAAUACCUGCUGUACAACAAACCAACCAAGGUGCUGUCUCCAGAGUACCUGUGGUCAGACUAUGAUGCCGUACCAGCAGACAUUCGAGUCAAAAGGAUCUCCCAGCUGAUUAAGGACUAUAAGGAAGUGCGGCCAAAUGGUGGACACUGAUAUCAAGUCUAUGACAUACAGGACAGAAACCUUGUUAUCUCACACACAGUACAGAAUCUGGAUCCAGUUGUGGUUUUACAGAUCAUGUCAAUUUUAAAGUUUUUAUCUCUAAUAAGUAUAAUAGUUUUUCAGGAGCAAUGUAAUCCAAAGACAACUGUAUUGAAUUGCAUUAUUCUUCAGGUUUAUUUGUGAAGAAGGGGAGGGGAAGUGGAGAAGGGACUCUCGUAUGAUGAAGCUGUAAAUAAAAUGAAGGAAACUGAGGAAGUGGUGACAGUCCAAAAAUAAA